ACGAAAACAAAUUAGCCUGUGAAGUGCGAGCGGUGGUCCACGCUGUAGCAGUGUGUGGGGAUACGGAGACACUUGAGACUUUUAAGAGUGUUUUAAAGUUUAAACGCGACUUUUUCUCCCGGUAGAGCCCGGCAGGUUUGGUGUUGUCAAGCGCACGAGAGAGGUGGGCACGCACUUUUCGUGAACCCGACUUCUUUACUUCGUUCUGUCUGACCUUCAGAGCGGAUUGCUGUCAACUUUCUCCAGCAUCCAGACAUGUAGUGUGCAACACACGCAGAGCAUAUUCCUCCUUCUGAACUCUUUUUCCUCUCAAACAGUUUCCUUUACUUCUCGGGCUGGACUGCGGUGCAUUGACGUCGGCUCGCCCUCCCCUGCCCCCUCGCCCCCCAGCAAUGGCCUCGCGCAUCGGCCUGCGGAUGCAGCUGAUGCGAGACCAGCUGCAGCAAGAGGAGCAGCGUGAGAGGCAGCAGAUACAGCAGCAUCAGCAGCAGAAUGCAGCACUGCAAUACAUGCAGCAUCGCAUGGCUGGGCCACCUGCACCCACCCCAGCCAUUAGCACCCCACAGCAUUACCAAAGCAUGCAGGUCCCUGUGGAGGUUCUUAAGGUACAGACCCACCUCGAGAAUCCUACAGACUACCACAUCCGUCAGUCUCGGAGGCAACAGGUGAAAGAAUACCUGUCCACCACCUAUGCCACCAAACAGACGGUCCACGCAGUAGCAGGGCCGGUGCAACCCUCUCCUCCGACAAAUAUGGUACCUACGGGGGGUUCAGCGUCUGCCCCCCCACCCCUUCACUCCCCACACAUGCGCACCGAGCAGCUCAUGUCUGGAAACAGCGCCCCAAACAGCCCCAUGGCCAUGCUCAACAUCGGCUCCAGCCAUGAGACAGAGAUGGAUGUCAUUGAUGACAUCAUCAACAUGCAGUCCACUUACGACGAUAUUCAGGCAUACAUUGACCCUGUCCAGAUGCCAAACACACUCCCCCUGUCCAGCAGUCACCUGGAUGUGUAUACAGGUCCGGGGAUGAAAGGGCCAGCCAUUGCAAUGACCAGUAACUCCUGUCCCGCCAAUCUGACCAUCAAACGAGAACUGUCAGGCACAGAAGCCCGUGCGCUGGCCAAGGAGAGACAGAAGAAAGACAACCACAAUAUGAUUGAAAGGAGGAGGAGAUUCAACAUCAAUGAUCGUAUCAAAGAGCUGGGCACCAUGAUUCCCAAAACCAAUGACCUUGUGCACAGUGAUGUGCGCUGGAACAAAGGCACCAUACUGCGGGCGUCCGUAGAGUACAUCAAACGCAUGCAGAAGGAUGCUCAUAGGUCCAGAGAGGUGGAGAACAACUUUAAAAGGAUGGAGAUGGCCAACAAACAACUGAUGCUACGCAUCCAGGAGUUGGAGAUGCAGGCUCGUUUACAUGGCCUGCCGAGCAGUAACUCCCCCUCCACCCUGAACUCCGCUGACCUGAUGGCUUCUUAUAUAAAACAAGAGACCAGCCCAGAGGAGAACCUCUCUCACCCCCAAGCACAAGUCCACCCCCAGCCCCAGCACCUACCCCAGAAUCAGGCUCAUCCCCAGGCCCAGCAGCACCAUUUCCUCCCACAAACCCACCUCCACCACCAGGGCCAGGUUCAGCAACAGCCCAGGCAGCUGCCACCGCUCCACCAACACCUGCAGCAGCAGCAGCCGCCCAUCCAGUUCCCAGCUGUAGGCAGCUCCCAGCCUUUUGACUUUAACCAGGCGCUGGACUUGUGUGAUGGGAUACCCAGCUUCUCAGACGGCAUGUCUGGGCUGGGUGACCUGGGCGGGCUGGACGUCCAGGGGAGGAGAAGCGAGCUGGGCUUUCUGAUGAUGGACGAGCCCUUGUCCCCUAUGGGAGGAGACCCGCUGCUCUCUGCCAUGUCGCCUGAAGCCUCGGUCGACUCCAGCCGCAGAUCCAGCUUCAGCAUAGAGGAUGGAGACAUACUGUAGACACAUGCGUACACACACAUUCACUCACACAAGCACAAGCACAUAGAGAGGUUUGCGGUAAAAACGGUGUAAAAAAGUGAUGGUACAUGAACGCAACACAACACAUAUACAGCACACACAGCAGAAAGGAAUCAGCCACCAGACUUCAUUCACCCAUCACACACUCACACACAUCACACAGUUUGAACAUACACCGAUGACACUCAUUCGUGGUAUGAUUAUCUCCCUGUAACGGCGCGAUCAAAAGAAGGUACACAGCCCUCACACAUCUGAAACUAUUCCGUAUAGUUGUGCACUCACACAAACACACACACACACACACACACACACACACACAGGUUGCACACACAAGUGCAUGUGAGAUAAACUGAGCAGCUUGAAACUUUGCCCAACAGAGCAUUUACUAGAGGUGAACCAACAGCGCCAGGUCAGGAGUUAUAUAGCACACUUGGCCUUGUUUCCAUAAAGGUGGCUCUGAAUCAUAAUUGAACAAGGGACAAAACCAGCAGUUAAUUAGAUUGAAGUUAUCAGAUACAAGGACAACCGAGCGCAUUGUCUCACUUGAUAGAGGACAAGUUAUUUUCUCCUUACAUCAACCUCUUUUAGUAACCAUAAAUGAUUGAAUGAACGAUAGAGAAUAAAAUGGAAAUAGCUUCAUGGUCCUGCAUGCAUAAUUUAUCUUAAAGGGGAUGCAGUCCAGUCACAUUGUUCUCUUCCUCAGUCUGUUAUUCCAGCGUUGGCUUGUGCCUCUAGCACCAGCUGUGUGUCGUUUGACAAAGAUCUGUGUUAGCCUGCUAAGCUGAACUAUGUUUCUCAAGUGUCCGCGUUUUAGGAAACAUUUUAAAUCUCACUGGAGGAGACAGAUAAUCCAUCUUAAAUUAUUGCAUCCACCCUACUUUUAGCUAUAAUUGUUGUCUUCAUUCAAACACACACUGCUGUCCCCCAGUUUUUACCCCUACAGACACUUCACACUGUCACGACCUUGUGUGUCGUCAAAAUACAGCUUGUCGUCCAAAACUGUGAGGUGUCAAAAUACUCAGGUACUGUAACAGAAUACAUGACGCGGAUCAUUUUUAAGCGGUAGCAGAUGUUAACCUGGACUGUGUCCGGCUCAUAACCUCUAUCAAUGUGCCUUUUCAUUUUCGCAGCUGCCGUGCUUCAAAGGCAUGUUUUUAUAGGUUAGUGAUCCUGACCAGGGUUUAGAUUUAAUAUCAACUUCAAUUAUGCCUGUAAAUGCUUUAGAGUUUGCUUCUAUACCAUCUAUACCUUUGUUGUUUCAGGAGAUAAAGGUUUUAUUUUUCUUUCUCCCAUUAACUGGCUUUGUCGGGCCCGGCUUUGCAUGAAAGAGAUACAGUGACAGGGUUUAACACUGGAGAGAGGAAAACAGAGAGUUUGUCUCAGCUGACAGCAGACGCAGUGUAGUCUUUAUUGUUUCAGCACAGCUUCAGCACACACUCGCAUGCAUUCACGUUCUCACCCGGUUCACAAACAGGCACUGAAACAUGCAGAUGCUCACCUUGCACACACACACAUGCAGUAUAGUGCUCACAUACAUACAGUGCAGCCUUAAGGCUGUUUUCAAAUCAGCAUGUUAAGUCUCCUGCGCUUCAGUCUCGCCCCGGAUGGGUCGAGUGAAGCCGCCGGCUGCAGAGGUCAAACUCAGGUUCAAACUAAAGAGAAUCUGGCUACAGUGGACACAGUGACGGUUGAGGUGGACCUGAGUUGUAUCUCUGCGGCGGCAGACCUGGGGCUUGGCUUUGAUUUGAUAUAGCUUAUGAUCAGUACUGAUAAAGGUAGAAAAAAAACUUUGAUGGUGAUUUCUUUUUUUUUUCUUUUUUUUUUUUUCUUUUUUGAUUAAAAGUGUUUGUUUUCUUUAUUAUAGUUUGUUGUUUAUUUUAUCUCCCAAAGCACUGGAAACUAUAUUAUUGUUUUGACUUUGUACAUGGAAGAAUUAUGGAAGAAGAUUUAUUUCAGAUGUUAUAUACCACUAAGCCACUUAAACGUGUUUUAUUUGUAUUUGUUGUUUUAGUUUUAAUUCAAUUUUAUUCCAAACUACCCUUUCUUCUCAGAGCCAUUUUUAAGUAAGCACACUGUAAAGGCACACGAGCCACCGAUGUUUUAUUGGGGAAGGAGUGGGGCCUGUUUGUAAACUUCCAGAUUUCAACUGACUUUAGAGAGAUAAAUAGAUUGUGUACAUUUAUGAUGCCAUUUUUAUAUGAUUGGGUUUUUAUUUUUCUCUCUAUUUUAACUUUGAAUUUUGGAGCCAGUCAGAAACUUGAUUAUUCGAUUUGAUUAAAUUCAAAUUGCUCAUUUUAUGAAUGUAAAAUUUACCAGAGGUUUUGGUCAGACCGAAGCAGGUGGCGUUUUCGCCAUGCCUUUUCCCUACCUGACUUCGGUUUCCAUGGAGACUGGAAGACGACUGACUUCACAUAAACUCUGAGCCGAGGACUUGUGGUUGCCAUGGCGUGGUGUCACUGACUCUGUGUUGGUCUCUGUCUGUCUGCCAGAGUUGUGCCUUUUCCCCAUCAGCCACAGUUUGACUGUUGUUGUACUUUCACCCAGCCAACACUCCAAAGAGCUGCUCAGGCCUCCUCUACUCUUCCACUAGAGGGCGCUCUGCAGAGCAAACUACACAGGGAAAAGUGGUUCUGAUUUUACUGAGAAUAUAAAAUGUUUUACCAGAAUCCA